UAUGAAGUUGUUCUCAAUUUGAGACCUCAAUAUGGUAAUUUUUCAAAGUGUAGGAACUGUCUAGGUCUUUCAGCACCCAUCUUUUUGUGAGAUUUUAAAUCUAGGGAUCUGUGAAGUUAGAUUAAUUUGAGAGGCCCUGUGAGUUGUCUUUUUCUCUGUCUAUGACCUCUGACUAAGUCUAGCACCAUGCCGAGUCCUGGAAGUCUAAAUAUCGGGGUCCUUUUAUGAAGGUUUAUGUACCAGCCUUUAAGGGGAAAAAAUGUUUUAAAGCUGUAUCCUUCCAACAAAGAGGCCCUUUAUGCGGCCGUUAGAAACUGAGCUAUAGUGCCUCAGAGACAUCUCAUAACCUGGAUCCAUUCCAAACCAGUUGAAGCUCAGAGUUAGGCCCCCAAAACCCCUCAGAAUAACUGUUGACACUAAAUUUAUAAGUUUUGGGAGGGCAAAUGUCUCAAUUUGCGGUGCUCUUGCCCUGCUGAGGGAUAAUGUCCAGCUCCAAGAGCUAGGCGAAUUUUAUAUUUGAGGGGUCCUGUGCCCUGGGAAUAUCACCGGGGCCUCUGGGAAGGUCACAAUCACCGAUAUGAGUUUCAGAUGGAUGCCUUUAGCAUCGUAGAAGAUGCAGCUACUUAAAUCAUGUUAGGAGCCUAGCUCCUGCUUCCCUUUUUCUCUCCCAGAUCUGGAAAUGCCAGCGAGUUUCGGGGGCAAUCGAGUCAGAGGUAGCGGAGUAGCUCACAAGAGCGCCGUGAAGAGAGGGGGUGGACUAGACCAUGCUGGGAAUACCCAGCAGUCGAUUCCCAGCGCUUUGCCUUGGGCGUCUCUUAUUGCAGUUUCUAAAAUAUAGGGAGCAUGAAAGUUCGGUUUCCAAACUGGCGUUCUCUAAUUUGGUUCAGAAAAGGCUUAAAAGACAAUACGUUACUUUUCAGCAACAACAUAUAGGACCAGGACGUGACUACGCUUGUCCCCAUCGGCGCGCCGUAACCCUUGUUAUUGCCCCGUCCUGCGUAAUACAUCUUCUCGCGAAGCCGUCUGUGUUUGGCUCCAUCUGAUUGGCUUAGGCGAGCCCCAAACCCUUCCUGAUUGGAAGCUGCGACUGGUAGCCCGCCUCCUUUCCAGCGUAGGGUUAGGUUGAGCUUGAGGCGCGGGGGAGAAUUGGGGAAACUGGAAUUUCCCACGGAGCUGACGGCAUUUGCUCUCCCCCUACUCGUUUUAAUUCCACGCGCUCCAAAAUAUCCGCCAUGGAGAAAUCUUGGCCAGGAUGCCCACUGAUGCUGUCCUACUGAAGGUUGGGUCAGUCAUCUAAAGGGGCUGUGGCAAGGUAGGGUGUGACACAAGUCUGAUCUGCUGCCAUCAUCAUCAUGAACUUCGAGGGUCUGGACCCUGGACUGGCAGAGUACGCCCCUGCCAUGCAUUCUGCCCUGGACCCUGUCCUGGAUGCGCACCUGAACCCAAGUCUGCUACAGAAUGUGGAGCUGGACCCAGAGGGAGUGGCCUUGGAGGCUCUUCCUGUCCAGGAGUCAGUGCACAUAAUGGAAGGUGUCUACUCUGAAUUGCACAGUGUGGUGGCUGAAGUGGGUGUGCCUGUCUCCGUCUCCCACUUUGACUUGCACGAGGAGAUGCUGUGGGUGGGAAGCCAUGGGGGUCACGCCACUUCAUUUUUCGGUCCAGCGUUGGAGCGCUAUUCAUCCUUUCAGGUCAAUGGCAGCGAUGACAUUCGGCAGAUUCAGAGCCUGGAGAAUGGUAUCCUUUUUCUCACCAAGAACAACCUCAAGUAUAUGGCCCGUGGUGGCCUCAUUAUAUUUGAUUACCUGCUGGAUGAGAGUGAUGAUAUGCACAGUCUCCUGCUGACUGACAGCAGCACACUGCUGGUUGGUGGGCUGCAGAACCACAUAUUGGAGAUUGAUCUUAACACUGUCCAGGAGACUCAGAAGUAUGCAGUUGAGACACCUGGAGUCACCAUCAUGAGACAGACAAACCGCUUCUUCUUCUGCGGCCACACAUCUGGCAAGGUUUCCUUGCGAGACCUUCGUACUUUUAAGGUGGAGCAUGAGUUUGAUGCUUUCUCAGGGAGCCUGUCGGACUUUGAUGUGCAUGGCAACCUGCUGGCUGCCUGUGGCUUCUCCAGCCGUCUCACCGGCCUCGCCUGUGACCGUUUCCUCAAGGUGUAUGAUCUGCGCAUGAUGCGUGCCAUCACCCCACUUCAAGUACAUGUGGACCCUGCCUUCUUGCGCUUCAUCCCUACAUAUACUUCUCGUCUUGCUAUCAUCUCCCAGUCAGGGCAAUGCCAGUUUUGUGAGCCCACAGGCCUGGCCAACCCAGCAGACAUCUUCCAUGUGAACCCUGUGGGGCCUCUGCUCAUGACGUUUGAUGUGUCAGCCAGCAAGCAGGCCCUGGCCUUUGGGGAUUCUGAGGGCUGUGUGCACCUCUGGACAGAUUCCCCUGAGCCUUCCUUCAACCCCUACUCCCGGGAGACCGAGUUUGCUUUGCCCUGUCUUGUGGACUCACUGCCGCCUCUGGACUGGAGCCAGGACCUGCUGCCUCUUUCCCUCAUCCCUGUCCCACUCACCACUGACACACUUCUGUCUGAUUGGCCUGCUGCCAACUCCGCUCCAGCUCCCAGGUUGUACCUCAUAUUUGGGCCAAACAGGGGGAGCGGGAAAGGGCUGAGAUACCAGGAUUCUCUGAGAGCACCCCCUGUGGAUGCAGAGAUUCUGCGCACCAUGAAGAAGGUGGGCUUCAUCGGCUAUGCACCUAACCCCCGCACCAGGCUGCGGAAUCAGAUUCCUUACCGACUCAAGGAGUCAGACAAUGAAUUUGACAACUUCAGCCAGGUCACUGAGUCACCAAUAGGGCGAGAAGAGGAGCCACAUCUCCACAUGGUCUCUAAGAAAUACCGCAAGGUGACCAUCAAAUACUCCAAGCUAGGGCUGGAGGACUUUGACUUCAAACACUACAAUAAGACCCUGUUUGCUGGAUUAGAGCCCCACAUCCCCAAUGCCUACUGUAACUGCAUGAUCCAGGUGCUCUAUUUCCUGGAGCCUGUUCGCUGCCUAAUCCAGAACCACCUUUGCCAGAAGGAGUUCUGCCUGGCAUGUGAGCUGGGCUUCCUCUUCCACAUGUUGGACCUCUCCCGAGGUGAUCCUUGUCAGGGCAGUAAUUUUCUUCGGGCGUUCCGCACCAUCCCUGAAGCCUCAGCCCUUGGUCUGAUCCUGGCUGACUCGGAUGAAGCUUCAGGCAAGGGCAACCUGGCCAGGCUCAUUCAGAGGUGGAAUCGCUUCAUUCUCACUCAGCUGCAUCAGGAUAUGCAGGAGCUGGAAGUACCCCAGGCUUAUCGAGGUGCUGGAGGCAGCUUUUGCUCAUCGGGGGACUCUGUCAUUGGGCAGCUGUUCAGCUGUGAGAUGGAGAACUGCAGCCUCUGCCGCUGUGGCAGUGAGACCGUGCGAGCCUCAUCCACCCUUCUGUUCACGCUCUCCUACCCUGAGGGUAGCAACAGUGAUAAAACCGGGAAGAACUGUGACUUUGCUCAGGUGCUAAAGCGAAGCAUCUGCCUGGAGCAGAAUACACAGGCCUGGUGUGACAACUGUGAAAAGUACCAGCCCACGAUUCAGACCCGCAACAUCUGCCAUCUGCCAGAUAUUCUUGUCAUCAAUUGUGAAGUGAACAGCUUGAAAGAAGCUGAUUUCUGGAGAAUGCAGGCUGAAGUUGCCUUCAAGAUGGCAAUGAAGAAACAUGGUGGGGAAAUCUCCAAGAGCAAGGAGUUUGCUUUGGCUGAUUGGAAGGAACUUGGGAGUCCCGAGGGCAUGCUGAUGUGUCCUUCCAUUGAGGAGUUGAAGAAUGUCUGGCUUCCUUUCUCCAUUCGCAUGAAGAUGACCAAGAACAAAGGACUGGAUGUUUGCAAUUGGACUGAUGGGGAUGAGAUGCAGCUUAGCAGCCUGGGUACCCCCUCACAGUGGGGCCCAGCCAGGGCAGAGGAGGAGCAUGGUGUCUAUGUGUAUGACCUGAUGGCUACUGUGGUACACAUCCUGGACUCACGCACAGGGGGCAGCCUGGUGGCUCACAUCAAAGUUGGAGAGACCUACCACCAACGCAAAGAGGGCGUUACCCACCAGCAGUGGUAUCUCUUCAAUGACUUUCUUAUUGAACCUAUUGAUAAGCAUGAAGCUGUGCAGUUUGACAUGAAUUGGAAAGUGCCUGCUAUCCUUUAUUACAUCAAAAGGAAUCUUAACUCCAAAUACAACCUGAACAUCAAGAACCCUAUUGAGGCAAGUGUCCUGCUGGCUGAAGCCUCAUUGGCACGGAAGCAGCGGAAAACACAUACUACCUUUAUUCCGCUCAUGCUGAAUGAGAUGCCACAGGUUGGGGACCUGGUGGGCCUGGAUGCUGAAUUUGUCACCCUUAAUGAGGAGGAAGCAGAGUUGCGCAGUGAUGGCACCAAGUCUACCAUCAAACCAAGCCAGAUGUCAGUAGCAAGGAUUACCUGUGUUCGGGGCCAGGGACCCAAUGAGGGUAUUCCAUUCAUUGAUGACUACAUCUCCACCCAGGAGCAGGUGGUGGAUUACUUGACUCAAUACUCAGGGAUAAAGCCAGGAGACCUUGAUGCCAAGAUUUCCUCUAAGCACCUCACAACUCUCAAGUCUACCUACUUAAAGCUUCGUUUUCUCAUAGACAUUGGAGUCAAGUUUGUGGGUCAUGGUCUGCAGAAGGACUUCCGGGUCAUCAACCUCAUGGUGCCCAAGGACCAAGUCCUUGACACUGUCUAUCUGUUUCACAUGCCCCGAAAACGAAUGAUUUCCCUGCGAUUCCUUGCUUGGUACUUUCUGGACCUGAAAAUUCAAGGGGAGACCCAUGACAGUAUUGAGGAUGCCCGCACAGCCCUUCAGCUCUACCGAAAGUAUCUGGAGCUAAGCAAAAAUGGCACUGAACCUGAGUCCUUCCACAAAGUGCUCAAGGGUCUUUACGAGAAGGGCCGAAAGAUGGACUGGAAGGUGCCUGAGCCUGAAGGCCAGACAAGUCCCAAGAAUGCAGCUGUUUUUUCCUCAGUGCUGGCGCUCUGACCUCACCUUCUCCCAACGAACUGCUGCCUCUUCCUUCAGUGUUCUGUGGUCCCAGAACUGGGAGAUGGCUUCCCAAGUUGUCCAUACCCUGUCCACUUCCAGAAUUGGACCUGCUCAGGGUUUAUAGACGGUGCUAUUAAUAGAACUGGAGUGCAGCAGAAUUGUUGCAAAGUGUCUAGGAGCCAGAUUCUUUUUUCAUCCUUUGUAAAACAGUGGGCCAGAAAAAGAGUCUAGAAUUGACCCGGAUGGAAAGUAAUUGGUAUUCUUAAUAAAUACUCCGGUUGAUUAAUAUCCAGGCAAAGAAGAUCCUGGAACCAAAACUCUCAGUUUCUGUUUGGCUAAGGACUAAAGUACUGGAUGGUGACUGGAUACAGCAGUAGCUCAAGACUUAGCUGAAGUCUCUGACUGCUUGAGGAAUGCCAGGAGGAGCUAGUAUGUAGUCUUGGUGGCCCUAGCAAAGCAGUGUUGCCAACACCAUCAUUGCCAAAAGGGCCUUUGGGUCCUAGACAAAGCUUGGCUGCUGGCUUCACUCCUGCUGACAGCUGAGAAGUAUCUGUCUUCCAUCCACUCCACUCUCCUGUCCAAAGUUUUGUUUUCUUAUUAUUUUUUAAAUUUUUGUUUUAAACUGCAUGUUUUAUAAAAUAAAAGCAAAAAUAGU